UUGUUCCCUUUUCAACCUUUUUUAACCCGCCCCCAUUCGAUAUCUUUAAUUCUCAACCUCCGUCAAGCUCACCACCACGAAGGAUCUGGAAUUACUAGAUAUCGUUGUUGUAAACAGGUCAUACUCGUUCUUCACUUCGGCCCUUACAAUUCCUCCAUUUCUAGGUUCUUUCGUCAGCUGUUUGUCCGUGAACACUUGCGCCGGGUACGAACGGGCGUUACAUAUACCUCACUGGUUAAUAAUAUUCUGUGGCGCUUAAUUGAUAUCAAGGCAAGGAACUUGAAGGGUGAGAAUAAAAAAAAGGAGGUUCGCAGAAGGUAGGUCAGUCAAUACCCAAACCAGCCCACCAACCAACUACGCUUGAAUCAAAACCCCCUCCCUUUUGUGACGUGUCGAGCAUCGAUACCGCGAAUUAUAGUUGAUCGCGGUCUUAAUGGAUUCCUUGGUCAAUGCGAAUCUAUGCCUUAGCAUCCAAGCAUCUUAGUCGUCAUCUCUCCGCAUCUGUAACCCUCAAUUGCGUAUUCGACAAUCCCAAACUGUCGACCCAAUCAAGCUAAUAGAAUUUGAAUUAUUAGUCUUAUUUUGAGGGUUUUUCGAUUUAGGACCACUUGACGAACGACCGAUACCACUUUUUCUUUUUUCGAUAGACGUAGCUUUUCACCUUGUAAAUACCGAAACCAUGUCUGACGGCGAAGGAUUUGUGGAGGUCGCGCACGAAGACUCUCUUCUUUCAGGCGAAGACACCGCCGGCACUGCCGCGACCGAAUCUUCACCCAAGUCCUCAGCCAAAUCUAGCAAUGGAUCUAAAGCUGAGAGUGCCGCACCGGCAAAGCGCCCGGUUGGCACUACCGCUACCACUCGUCGUCCGGGAACGACUCCCACGGUCGCCUCUAAGACGACUGCGACCUCGGCAGCUCGUGCCGCUACUGGCGGUUUGACCAAGCCUCCCGCGCGCCCUCCUUCUGGUGCCACUGUCAAGAAGCCCGCUGGCACGACUACGACCCAUAGGCCCCAGCCAUCCAUCUCGGAAGACGAGAAGAAGAAGCCCAGUAUGACUUCUGCGGCGCGUCGAACUUCGACGGUACCUAGUAGCCUAACGUCGUCUCCGGGCAAGUCUGCCACAAGACCGACCGUUUCCAGCGCUGCUACCGCAAGGAAACCCUCGCCGGCAACUAGCACUCUAGCCGCAAGAUCUGGUUCGCUCACCAAACCAUCGACUGGUACCUCGGCGUCGGCACGGACCUCGACGGUUUCUCGACCCGGAGCUUCCAGUUCGACGAUGGAGCCGAAGAAGCGAAUCUCUAAUGUCACUGGCUCGCCAUCGGGCCCGACGAGGCAUAUGGCGCGCCCAUCUACCUCGUCCGUAAUGUCUUCCGCAGCGGCAAAGGAUGUUGAAGACUUGAAGGCGAAACUUGCCGAGAAAGAGGCAGAAGUCGAGUUACUGAAAGGACAAGUUGCUUCCUCUCAAGCCAAGGUUGCAGAGUUCGAGGAAAAGAUUAAGUCCGAGACAAAUGGUGUCCAGGGUGCCGAAGAUGCUCUGCGACAAGGACACGAAGAGCUCUUGGAGACUUUGAAGUCUACCCAUGCUUCCGAAAAAGAGGCUCUGGGCACGAAGAUCUCCGAGGCCCUUGAAAAACUUAAGAUUGCCGAGGAGCAGCUUGAGGCUCAUAAGAAGCAACUUACUGACCUGACUAACUCGCAAGAAACCAAAGAGACCGAAAUCAGUGACCUCCAGAGUAAGAUAGAGUCUCUCCAGCUUGACGCAAAGGACAGUGAAGGUGCUCUGGCUAAAGCGUCCGAGGAGCAUGCUGCAGCAUUAGAGGAACUUCGGAAGUCAUUAGACGAACAGCACCAAGCCGCUGUUGAGGCCCUGAAGACUUCGCACGCGACUGAACUUGAUCAGAGCAAAGCAGCUUCGAACGAGCACGAUAAGGCCCUCGAAGAACUCAAGGCUGCUAAUGAGUCAUUGCAAAGCAAAGUUAAUGAGUUGACCUUGGCGACGGAGAAUGAAGACACCGCAAGCGCUUCCAAGCUCGCCGCGCUAGAGGCUGAACUUGCUGAGUUGAAGGCUGCUGCUGAGCAAGAUAAAGCAGCGUUAGCGGCUUCCCAAGCUGAAUUAGACGAAGUGAAGACGAAGCUGGCCGAGUCUCUCGCCGCCGCCGAUGCUACAAAUGAAGAAUUAGCUAAGGUCAAGUCUGACUUCGCUAGCCUACAGGAGGAACUUGGGCAAGCCAAAGCAGAUAUGUCGUCUAGCGCGGAUCUCGCCACCCAAAUCAAGGAGUGGGAAGACAAGUACGAGAAGUUAAAGCAGGAACACAAGGUCUCAGAGGAGACGCAUGAAAACCAACUAAAGCAAGUGUCCCAAGAUUACGAGACCGAGAUUGAGAGCCUGAAGGGCGACGCUUUCUUCAAACGCAAGUUUCAUGUCCUGGAAGAAGAGCAUAACGACCUGAAGACCAAGUACGACGAGUUAACUGGAACACAUUCGACAGCUGUUGAGACCCAUGCGACGAAACUGGAGGCUGCGAUGGCCGAACAUGCUGCUGCAGUUGCUGCCCUUUCUGCGAAGGAAGAGGAACACCAAAAGGCACUUGAUGCAUUACAGGCUAGUCAUGCAAUGGAUCUAGAAAGCGCUAAAAGCGGCGCCUCUGCCGACAAGGAAGCACACCUGGCCGAGCUCGAAGCCCUGAAGACUAGCCACGCUGAACAGAUCGAGAUCUCCAAGGCUGAGAGUGCGGCUGCCCUUGCGAAGGAGUUAGAAGCUCUAAAGGCGGCUCAUGCCGAGGCCCUUGAUACUCAUAAGCAAGAGUCGGAUACUCUGGUCGCUGAGUUGAAGUCUAAGUAUGCGCAGGAGCUUUCUGAGAAGGAUGCAGAUGGUAGCGCUCACGCUGCUCAGCUAGAGGUUCUUAAAGCUGCGGUUGAGGAAGCGCAUGCCGAAUUAGAGAAAACCAAGUCCAGCCAUGCUGAAGAGCUUGCUGCGAAGGACGCUGACAGCAGUGCCUACGCUACUCAGUUAGAAGCGCUGAAAGUGUCUCUCGAGGAAACACGCGCGGAAUUGGAGAAGGUCAAAGCUACUCAUGCUGAGGAGCUUGCUGCUAAAGAGGCUGAUGGAAGUGCCUAUGUCACUCAAUUAGAAACCUUGAAGACGGCAGUCGAGGAAGCACAGGCAGAAUUAGAGAAAGCUAAUGCGAGCCACAGCGCUGCCCUCGAAGCUUUUAAGAAGGACUACGACGAUGCGCACUCUGCCGAGAUCGAGAAAUUGAUUACGAUGCAGUCCGAAGCGGUGGAAGCUGCGAAGAAUGACGCAUCAGGCGCUCACAAGGAGGCUAUUGAAGCUCUUGGAGCGAAACACGCCCAAGCCAUCGAGGAGUUGACAAAGGAACACGAGGAAAAACUCUCCGCGGCAACAGCCGAAGCAUCUAAGCAUCUAGCUGCUGUGACAGAAAACGAGACAGCAUUGGUGGCCGUAAAGGAGGCUUUGGCUAAGGCCGAGGAACAAGCCGCGGCUCUUGAAGCUGAAUUAGCUGAUGCCAAGGCGAAGACCGCUGAGCUUGCUAAAGCUCAUGCGGAGUCUGAAGAGUUGCACCAAAAGCUUGCAGAGGCGAAGAUGAACAACGUGGAGCUCAUGGCCGAGCUUGACGCCGUGAAGAGUCAAAGGGCAGAUACUUCUGCUGUAGACGCAUUGAAGGCUGAACUCGAGGAGCUUAAGAAAUCUCAUGCCGAGGAAAUAGCAGCUGCUAAGGAGACGUCUGCGAAGUCUGCAGGUGACUUCGAGCUGCUCCAAAAGAACCACGAUGCCGUGAAGGCAGACUUUGAAUCCUUGAAAGAGCAACUAGAGGCAGCCAAGCAAGAUGCUCUCAUCGCGCAGAAAGACCUCGAAGCGCAUAAGAACGACGUGGAAGCUAAACUGAAGAAUCAGGAGGCCGACUACAAGGAUAUGUACGACAAUUUGUCGACCAUAGCCGAGGAAGAGCAGAAGAAGAGGGCAGCAGCUGAGAAGGAAGCAUCUGACAUCAAGUCAAGAUUUGCGGAGAUGGAGGCCCAAUUGAAGGUCAAAGAUGCAGAAAUCGCCGAGGCACUGGCCAAGGCGGCUCUGUCGCCAACAAAGAAAGGUCUGUCAGCAAGCAGAUUCGCCGACGGCGAGAACGGAGCGAACGAGAAGGAUACCGACUCAGAGGCUACCGCAGCUGCAGGUGAGGAGCAGGAGCCUGACCAUUCAUCGGCUGCGAUAAGCGCGCUGGCACAAGUUAAUUUAUCUCUCAAGGGCUUAAGGGCCAUCGAUGACGAAAUGAAAGACCAGAACUUGCGCAUGCUCAAGUCAAUGACAGAGGCCCACGGGGUACCUCAGAACUCGGGUUAAAAUCACGUCGAUUAUUCAUAACGACUAUUUCCUCCUCAGUCUUUUAUACUACUCAGUACGACCGACUACGAACUUCACCCUGUUUUUACGAGAAGUGAAAUACGUCGACCUAAUUCGACAUAUCCGAGGUCACGGCUUACGCUACGGACGUCAGACGGUUAUUCUCUCUUACGGGCAGCAACGCGCAAUGCGGACACGCCACCUUCUUUCGCCCCCUCAUCUGCGCUCUCGUCUGUUCGCUGCAGGCAGAGUCAGGUUUACGCUGUUGUUGGGAAUUUGUUCUAUAAUUCGGAAAACCAGACACGCUUUGUAAUGAAUAUAUUUUUCAAGGGGUUUCGGUCUCAGAUACCUAUGCUUAGGUAACCUGGUAGGCGGCGCGACAUUCUUUUUUCCCCGUCCGCCGUCUCACGGACCGCGAAAUGGGAUGAGAAGAAAGGGGAAAGUUGUAUGUAUCAGAGCUGCGGCAACGUAAUGUUGGAGGAAGAUUUAGUUGCUUUCAUCUCUUUUUUUUUUCUCUCUCUUUACCGAGGACUACGUGGAUAAUUGUAGUAGUUCCUCGUUUAGUCGAAGUUUGAAAUGGACGAUACCCCUUUUUUCUCCUGCAUAAAACCAGCCUUUUUUCAGGGGGCAAUUCGCAGUCACAGUUCGCAAUUUUAAGUGCCAUGAGAUUUG